AGCAACCAAUCCAGUAAAAUACCACAAAGUGAGGUGUGUUGGGUUGUUAAAUUCCUUGUGGGCAACUCUUACCACUACCUAGAGAAGGUAGAACAAGGCCAGCCUAUUUACAAUGUGAAAUUUACAUUCACCUUCCGCGAUUGCCUCUUUCCUCACAUGAUGUAAGGCGUCAAUUAUAUUGGGCAAAUUAGCUUCAUUUCCCCAAUAUAACUAUUUUCCUUGGACAAAAGACUCUGCAAUAAGUUACUUGGCUAGUCUCAUUGGAUUUGUUUAAAAUAUGAAAGUUGUUCAUAACUUGGUUCGUGUUGGGUAAGAUGGGAGAUAUGGUCUGGAGCCCGGAUCUAGCUCUGUUUGUUACUGGCUACAUCAAGUACUUUGAUGCACACUUCACAAAUUUCACAGGAGGCAUAGAAACAAUUGAGAAUUGUGUUUGCAUGCACGAGGAGGAUCAUGGAAUCUUAUGGAAGCAUCAAGACUGGCGAACUGGCUUAGCUGAAGUAAGGCGCUCGCGACGGCUCACAGUGUCUUUCAUGUGCACCGUGGCUAAUUAUGAAUAUGGCUUCUUCUGGCAUUUUUAUCAGGAUGGGAAAAUUGAAGCUGAGGUUAAGCUUACUGGUAUUCUCAGUCUUGGCGCUUUGCAGCCUGGUGAAGUAAGAAAAUUUGGCACCACUAUUGCACCCUGUUUAUAUGCACCCGUGCAUCAACACUUCUUUGUGGCUCGUAUGGACAUGGCGGUUGAUUGCAAGCCUGGAGAAGCACAUAAUCAGGUGGUAGAGGUAAAUGUUAAAGUUGAAGAGCCGGGAGAGAAUAAUAUCCAUAACAAUGCAUUUUAUGCAGAAGAGAGGUUGCUCAAAUCUGAAUUGGAAGCCAUGCGUGACUGCAACCCUUUAUCAGCUCGCCACUGGAUUGUCAGGAACACGAGAACUGUAAACCGCACUGGACAGCUAACAGGUUACAAGCUUGUGCCUGGCUCGAACUGUUUGCCUCUAGCUGGUGCAGAGGCAAAGUUUCUGAGAAGAGCUGCUUUUCUAAAGCACGAUUUUUGGGUUACGGCCUAUGCACCCGAUGAGAUGUUUCCUGGAGGGGAGUUUCCUGAUCAGAAUCCACGCAUUGGAGAGGGAUUGACUACUUGGGUUAAACAGGACCGCUCUCUUGAAGAAACUGACCUUGUUCUCUGGUAUGUGUUUGGAUUAACACACGUUCCUCGGCUGGAAGACUGGCCUGUCAUGCCAGUGGAGCACAUAGGUUUCACUCUCAUGGUAAUCUACUCUUGCAUUUGAUUUCACUUCUUUUCUAUAUUACCACGCUAACCUCCUCAAGUCGAGGGAUGUAGGACGACUUCGGUUUGCAUUUUCAAAACAAUGGGAUGAAAACCUCAUUCCUAGGGUUCGUCAAUGGAUAAAUUGAGCUAUAAUCUUAGUGUGACAAAUAAAAAGAAAAAGGACUAUCUCUG